AACUUAGUCAGUCAGUGUGCGAGUGUGCUUGAAGAGGGAGAGAUUGCGCAGACGCUCACUGAAAACGGCGAACAGUCACAGAUAAACAUGGACGUAUUCUGAGGCAGUUUACUGUGCCGGCUGAAAUUAUUAUUUCGUUGUAUUUGCAGUUGUAAUUCCUUUCUUUUUUUUUUUUGUUGAAAAUGUUGGACAAACGUAUUGUUGACCUGCGAUUAGAUCAUUUGGAAGACGUGAAAGCGAAAAAUGUUAAAGAGCCAUUUGAAAAACAGUACAAGUAUGGAGCGCUUCUGGGCAGUGGAGGUUUCGGCUCCGUUUUCGGCGGACAUCGCAUUUCAGACGGACAACAGGUGGCCAUUAAACAAAUAUCCCGUGACAGAGUUCAACAGUGGGCCAGACUGUCUGGUGAAGCAAACAUGGUUCCGAUGGAGAUUGCUCUACUGCUGUCUUUGGGUGGUGGAUCGGGGUCAGUACCCGGUCACCAAGGCAUCAUCAGGAUGCUGGACUGGUUUGAAGUCCAGGGUCAGGGGUACCUCAUUGUGUUUGAGAAACCGCAACACUGCCAGGAUCUGUUCGACUUCAUCACUGAACGUGGGGCCCUGGAGGAGCCCAUUGCACAGAGGUUCCUCAAACAGGUCAUCAAAGCCCUCCAGUUCUGCCACUCCAGGGGAAUUGUGCACCGGGACAUCAAGGAUGAGAACAUCCUGGUAGACACCCGCACUGGAGACAUCAAAAUCAUUGAUUUUGGAUCUGGGGCUCUUUUAAAGGACUCCAUUUACACUGACUUUGAAGGUACCAGAGUUUACAGUCCUCCAGAGUGGAUCCUCAACCAGCGUUACAACGCACAUCCGCUUACUGUUUGGUCGCUGGGCGUACUUCUAUUCGACAUGGUGUGUGGCGACAUUCCCUUUGAGCGGGACGAGGACAUCAUUCAAGCCACUCCAGGUUUCACUAAACGCAUCUCCAAAGAAUGCCAGUCUCUGAUUCGCUGGUGCCUCGCAUACAGACCAGAGGAUCGACCAACCAUCGAGCAGAUCCUUCUUCAUACUUGGAUGAUGGAGAACUCAGAGGACAUUGGAGAUUUGCAAGGAGAAAGCAAUAUUAAGCCAAGCCUUUGAAUUUCAUACACACUGUUUUAUGUUACACUGGACUUUUUGAACUCUAGUUACUGCCUUCUGGACUUCCUAAUUUAUUAGAUUCCCAUGCAUCGUUUUGUUUCAUGUGGACUUUGGAUCGCAAAAUAUAGCCCUGGAUUGCUGCGGUUUUACUUCCUGAAUGAAAACGUCAUACAACCGUGGAAGUUUUCUUAUUUAUUGCUGAUUAUUUAUUUUCUCAGCCGCAUACUAAUUUAUUUUUGCGCUCAGUGGUUCGCGAAGUUUCAGAAGCAGUAAUCUGUGUUCUUUUUGUUUGUUUGUUUUGUUUUUUAAGCUCUAACUGACUUAAGAAAUGAUAAUGGGUAGACUUACAGUCAUGCAUUAGAAUACGAUGAUACCUGGUUUUACAGGUUUUCAUUGUACAGUGAUAUUCUCUCCCUGUUCUAAGGGGCGACACAAAAAGUCUUUGGAUAUGGUUUCCAGUCCUUUGAUGGCAGUUCUGGCCUAACAAUAAUUCAGGUUCACGUGGACAUGUUCCUUUUUAUCAACACACACACUUUCUCUCUCAAAGAAGAGGAGCAUUCCUGUUGAUCCUGUUUGCUAUAAAUGAAUCAGUUCACUAGAUAGAUUCCUGAAAGCUAUUAGCAAGUUGGCUUUUGGUUUCUGUCUGCAUUGUUUGUCAAGUAUUGGGCUGUAACUUAAGGAAUGUUGUCAGGACACUUUGUACUGAAAGCUCUGUGACAUUUUCUUGGAAAUUCCCAAAGGUCAGAGUGAAUUUUAACUACUAACGUCACACGAACUCCAACUACUUACACAGUGUAUAUGUUUACUAAAAGGGCCCAUGAAAAUCCUGAUUGUUUGAUUUUGUUAAUGCAAAAGAGAAUGAUGUACCCACUGCCUUAUUUGAAAAAUAUUCAUAAUGCAAUAUUUAUUUCAUGUAAAUGUUGUUUUGAAAGUUUGACUUUCAACUAUGCAUCCUGUAAUCUUUUUAUUUUUUAGAAACACUGAAAUUUGUCAGAUGUCCAUUGUGUCCACAAGUGAUUUGCUUUUGUGUAAUUCGCUGACUUUGGAUACAGAUUGGCAUGUUCAAAUAUUUAUGAGACUUAAUUCUAGUAGGAAUGAAAUUAAUUUAACUACUGUUCUAGAAUUGGACUUUUCCCAGCAUAUUGUGUAAUGCAUUCCUGUAAAUGCUUUUUAUAUAUAUAUAAAUAUAUAUAUACAGUGAGCAUUUGCUAUCACAACACACCCACCCCAUUAUUUUUGUAAUCCUUGCUGUUUCGCUUGGGUUGGCACAUUUUUGUUGUAAAUACUUGUGUAUUGAAAAAUGUGAUGUGACAGUUGUCACAAUGCUUAAUUUAAGAGAUUCAGUUAAUAAAAUAUAGAUGUUUCACAUCUAUAUUUAAAGAAACAUCAGCUGUCUUGUCUCUUCUAUUAGUUUUGCUCACGAGAGACUGUUUUGAAUAGUGACCACAGUUUAGUGAUAAUACUUCGAGAAAAGCUUGAAGGAAAGUUUGAACAGGCUGCUCCAGUUAACCAUUCUGUUAUUCCUGACAAGGACAGAAGGAAUAUUUUUACCACGUCCACGUGCCUGUCAUACUUUGUCCCUGCUUUACUGUAAUGACUGAAGCAACCUUUCCAGAUCAUGUGUUUCAGAUCACCUGAAACUAUCAAACACCUGUCACAUGGGAUGACCUUACU